AGCAAGUUCACCUGCUACACACGGCGCCUCCCACACUCUUUGUCACCGGACCGCCCGGUACAGGUAAAACUUUGGUGCUGCUGCUGAUGGCCAUAGAGUGGCUGCGAUGUGGUCACCACGUCUACGUCGUCAGUACGUGGUGGGGCAGUCGUGCAGCGUGCACCAUGUUGUAUCACCUGUUGCUGCAGACAGUAAAGACACAACAGUCAUCAGGUGUAUCACCCGGUCAGCCUCACCUCCUGCAGUAUGACCUUGAUCGCGGUAAAGACGUGUUUAAGGCCGUCAACGACUUGUCACAGGCGGCGAGCGGAGGGUCGUUGUACGUCAUCGCUGAUGAAGUAGCGAGUGAGUUGAGGAAUAUCAAAUUCCAGACUUUUUGUGAGUUGCUGCUGACACGAGUUCCUCGUCUCCAUCUGUGGGCGGCAAGUUGUUUCCAUGACUACACACCCGCCGGCUGGCAAGUGGAAUAUUUAACCAGACCCCUCCGCUCUCCUCCUGCCGUCGUCAGGGAAGUCGAGCAGGACACGAAGAUCGCUAUACACCGUGAAGUACUGCCGUACAGAGAGCGAGGUGUGCCCGACCACACAGACGGCCCGCCAGUCACACGACUGUAUCACCGAGGUCAGGGUCACUCAGAACGCUUGAGAGAUGACUGUGUGACGUGCGGUCGUGAGGUGGCCAGCUUCCUACACAGUCUCCGUGUUGGUGUUACAGGGAGAAGCACAACAACAUCUACAACAUUGACCUCUACCAGUGGCGGCACAACACCACCCUGUCUACAGUGGAGAGACGUGCUGGUGUUGUGCUGGUUUGACGUUAGUGAUCAGUGGGGUGUGGUCACAGGACUGCAAGAAGCGGGUAUCCCAGUGCAGGUGAUGAAGGAUGAUGACAUCGAGGACGUGGUCACGGCCCGCAGUGACGUGGUGUGGGUGACGGGUGGAGAUCAUGUUCGUGGUCUGGAGAGAAAAGUCGUCGUCUGUCUGGAGGAUCCUGAUUAUGAUCUUUUUGAAUCUGAGCAUUUAGAACGUUUAAUUCUGGAUAUGACCAUGCUUCCACACACAGCGCAGCGGUUGUUGUUACUAUCCUUGCUGGCUAUAACAACAUUUUACUAUGUUGCUGCCCUGGAUGACCCUUGUCUUUCUGGGAACUACAACAAUCUUACAGACGUUCACCGCAGUAUCUCAUAUCAAACAACCUACCCUGACCCUUUGCUUUGUGACAUUAACCUCGUCAGUGGCUGGUAUCGGUUUGUGAUAGACACAGAAAGUAAAAUGCCGGAAUCGUGUGUUGAUCGAAUGCAUUGCGGCACCAGUGUUCCAAUAUGGCUGAGAGGUACUCAUCCUUCCGUUAGUGACGGGAUCCAGACAAGACAAGCAUGCGCGAACUUCGAGACCGAGGACACCUCCCAUAUCCCAUGCUGUGCACAGGCCAUAAACAUCGGGGUCAAGAACUGUAACGGCUUUUUCGUGUAUUUUCUACAUCCCCCACCAAUCUGCCCUGUGGCUUAUUGUGCAGGAAAGGAACAGCCAUGCCCCCCUGGACAAUGGUCUGACACAGGUUUUCCACCCGGGUGUAAAGAGGCCUACCCUCAGCUGACUCAUCCACCAACUCUUCUUGGACCCAUCAUAGACGGCGACACAUUUUAUUUCUCCUGUGACAUCACCUUUAAUGGCAACGACCUGGACCAAGCCUUUGAGUUCGUCUGGCUGUUUGACGGCGUAGAGAACGACACUACAAUUCCUCCAGAAAUUGUCAGCUACUCUACCCGAUCGGCGAGACUGGACGGGUCUAAACUGAAAGGUCUUCUGAAUAAAAACAUUGGAUGCAAAGUGCGAGCCUUUUACAAGCUUUUCAAGCAAAAUUCCAAUAAAGUAGGGCCAUGGAUGGAAAGUCCUAGAACUUACUGGGCUGGAAUUAAAACGGAACCAACGCACAUCUAUUUACCCACCGACGAGGACCGGAAAGAGGUGGUCAUAAAGUCAACACUUCCUGUCUUAUGCAAUUCAUCGUCGACAAAUGAUCCAAAUACGUGUUGUAUUUGGGUAAAUCUUUUAGUUGAAGGGCAUCAAGUUGGAGGAGACCGCCUUCUAGUAUCAAACGAUUGCAGGCACACGCUAUGCAGGUUCGACUGGGACAACAAACUUCAGGAAAUGUCAACAUCCUUUACGAUCGAGGCCAGAUACCUCCAGAUUCAGGACGGCAACAAGGACUUGCUGGUCUCCUUCAGCCGUCUGACUAUAGCGGACCCUUCACCAUAUAUGAAAGUAUUCAGCGGUCUUCAGAUACCUUCGGUACAGGUUUAUCUUGAACAACGGGAUUCAAAGCUCUGCCAAAUGGUGACAGAUCCACAUAUCACAGGACUGGAGGACAAGAGACAGUUCCAUCUUCUUAAUGUGGGGGACUACACUGCCUACGAAAACAUCAGAAGGGAUUUUGAGGUUCAGAUUCGAACCUGGCCUUGUAACAAUGAUAAAGCAACCUGUAUCUGUGGAGUUGCGGUUCGUGAGAAGGACGAUCUGAUCAGGGUCAACGGCUGCAAUCAUGGCUUCUACGGCCAACACGUUGGGUCACCGGAAAUCACCGUGCCCAGGCCUUUGAGAGAAGGUACGACUAUUCUUCAAGCUACGGAUGGAUCGACGAUAACAUUGUAUUUUCCGUCUGGUUCUGAGAUUAGAGUAACUGCAUCAGCAUUGUAUGGGGGACAUCUUAACCUUGACCUAUCUGUUCCUGGCUCUGACUUUCCCCAUGGAAGGGGUUUAUGUGGGACGUUUGACAACAACGCCAACAACGAACUAACCCAUCGCAAUGGUUUCGUGGACAAAAUGCCCGCUAACAACGUGCCGGUGAAGUUCACAGAGUCCUGGAAGAUUGACAAUAGGACAAGCCUGUUUGAUAUUAUACCUCCGUCUUCGGGAAAUUCUAGUGUGCCUCUACACUGCAUCUGUGGUAAGAAUGGUGAUAAUGUGACUUGUACUUACAAGACCAACAUAAUCAAGCUGCAGUGUCGCAACUGCAGAGUAGCUCAAAAAUGCUGUUUUGUUGGAUGGCAACCUACAAGCGGUAAGAGAUCUGCCAAUGGCGGUUUGUACAUAGACAGCGAUGAGGUGAACAGUGUUUACGACCCUAGCAGAUACGCAGAUUUCCAGCCAGCAACUCUGUCAUGGCCGACACCGACUGGCAUCAACGAGAGUCAAGCAGAGAACUACUGCUCCACCGCCUUGAGACAGUCUCAGCUCUGGUCUCACUGUCAGGACAAAACUCAGGAGAUUCAAGGGCUGAUUGAAAAUUGUAAAAUUGAUAUUCAGAUGGCUGAUAAGUACACGGGACUGGAGCCCAUUGUGGACGCCUUCAUGACAAUUUGUCAGCUGGAGCUGGCCAAGGACCCGGAUAACUACGUCUCCACACCCAACGGCGAGAGCAUUCUAAUGCCAGCAAUCUCCGACGACGUCUGCAACCCCGUGUGCUUCAUCAAUGGACAUUGUAACAAGGGGAACUGUGUUUGUAACAAGGGCUUUAUUGGCGAUAACUGUCAGAUAAAAGACGAACCUCCUACUUUGUCUGGCAUAAGAGGGUCCAGCCUGUGUGACUUUAAUGAGAAACCUUGCCGAAAAAUCUUCAUUGAUGCUACAAAUAUUCAGAAUACAGAGACAAUGGCAUGCAAAGUUCAGGAAAUUAUGAAUGAUGGGUCAGUUUCUGAAAGUUUCUCCAAAGAAGAAGCUGUUUUUCUGACUCUCAAUAAACUGGGAUGCAGCUUGCCUGAUGCAGGCAUUAAAACAGAGAAGUCUAUCAAGCGGUUUUAUAUCACGGCUACUAUCGAUGGCCAUCGCUAUAGCAACGCAGUGAACAUGACUGUCUACGACUCGUCCUGUCAGAACUGUACACAGGAGGGAUGCCGGAAACUGCCAAACACGUGUCUGAUCAACAGCCUGUGUUUCCAAGAUGGAGAACUCAAUCCGAGAGAUAACUCUCAGGUCUGCACUGUCUCCCUUAGCAUGACAGAGUGGUCUCCCGUACCUACAGUUCCAUCGGAUUAUCCGGUCAUCACAUCAGUGAACGUGAGCAGGUCAGAGGACAACACCCAGUUAAGAUGUGAGGUCAACGCUGAUGCCUCAAAGCCCACAGCCAGCUUCCGGAUGGCCUGGGGUAUCGAUGGCGACUGGCUUCGAGAGCUUGGUCAUCCCCAGUGGACAUCUGGAGGCUGCCAUCAGCAUGUCGGACGUUAGUCACGCUCAUCAGGUGGCUUGUCGUGUGCGCUCAAUUUUCACUGACCGUGGUGUUUUCAGUCCCUAUAUGGUCAGCAAUAUUAUCUCAAUGGCAGAUCCCUGAUAGCAGGAGAAAAACUGUCACAGUAUGACGUGUCAGGAAGGUUUGAUGAAAGUACUUUUCUGGAUGCAGUAAUCAGACAACAAAAAUGUUGGAACAUGGAAAGUGUCUUCUGUACGUCAAUGUUAAC